AUGCGUGGGAAUGGAUUUGAGCUCUGCAGUCGGCAACAGCAAGAGGGUGUUCCCCUGAUCUUUGGUCAAAGAUCAUUCCUAUCUGCAAUCGUCGGUGGUGACGGGUACGUGUCCUUCGUCAACAACCUGCCAGUCUCAAUCUUCCUCGCCGGCCUGACAAGCCAGACGAACAACCCGGUCAUUGCCCCUCUCUGGGCAAAUAACGAUAUCGGUCUCGGCGAGGUGUUGUACGGUGUACGCACGGACAGCGCAACAAUCAGCGCCACCGUAGCACUGUUACAAGCGGGAGCAGUUGGAGGUGCCGCCAGUGACUUUCGCCCGCGUGAAGUGCUGGUCGUCACGUGGACCUUCAUGCAGGCCAGUCCUGGAGGACAGGCCGGUCGCAAUUCCAUGCUGCCGGACCUUGGGUUCAAUCACUACCAGUUGAUCGUCGCCUGGGACGAGUGCCAGACGUUCACCAUCUUCCUGUUUAACGACAUUGCCUGGACAGUGGGCCAGUUCAACGCUCCAACGUUCAGUCGUAUCUGGGACGGAGAUGCACUCACCUACACGGGCGACCGACCAUUCGAUCGCUCGAUCAACGUGUUUGAACUGACUAACGGCUGCACCGGGGAGGCGCUCCUGGAUCUGCAGUGCACGUUGGAGCUGGCCGCUCUGCCACCGUUGCAGAGCGGCCUCUUCCCAUUCUUCCGCCGCUGUCCGUCAAUCUCGCUCUGGUUCUUCCUUGGACUCCCGACCGCUGGAGGCUUCAUUAACAGCGAGCCGUUUCAGUCCAUAUGCUUCAUUCAGAGAGCAUUCUUCUUCUUCCCUCCCAGCCCGAAUGCAGUGUGUUGCUACCGAUUUCCUGGUUUCUUCCGGCCACACAUCGCAAGCGGUGCUGGCGGCGGCUGGAUAACCAAUCGUUUCGCGUCUGUGGCCGCUGCCCGGCAAGAGCGUUCGGCCAGGGAUGCGUGCUGCGCGGCCGGGAACUGCGCUCGUUUCUUCGCUGUUCGGCCGAGGACCCGGCCGAGAAUCACCCCACCGUUCUUUUUCGCGUGGUUCUUUGGCGAUCCUCAUCUUCAGACUCUGGAUGGGCGUAACUUCACCUUCAAUGGGUACGGCGAAUAUCGACUGAUCCGCGCACGCGACUCCAUGAGCUCAAUGGAAGUGGAGGCACAGAUCAGAACCACGCCGCUAACAACCGGUCCAAACGCCACGGUUGUCACUGCCGGUGCUAUCGGCUUGUUUAGUGAUUCGGGAGAUCUGAUGACUCGGCUACAGUUCACGUCCAACAGCAGCACAGCCAGUAUGGUGAUACUGUUGAACGGAGAGCAGGACAUCACUAGUGACGUGUACGGCCUGGCUGUAGCGGACGGGAUGGGAAUACCGGACAUGUUUGCACCGGAUGACACUGUCACCCUGAUGCGUACUGACACAAACAGUGUCACGUGUACAUUCUCAAAUCAAGCUGCAUUCCUAGUCAGCGUGGGGGAAGCAGGUGGUGUGGUGACUAUGACUGUAUCACCCAGAUUACCGGAGGAAUUCCAGGGAGAGACUACAGGAUUGAUGGGUGUUUUCAAUGGUGACUCUGAGGAUGACUUCCUCAAUCGACAAGGUGAAACGCUGCCAUCCAGUGCUUCCGAGCAAGACAUCUUCUCCUCAUUUGGUCAAACGUGGCAGAUUCUGGGCAGUGAGACUCUCUUCACGUACCCACCAGGGUUGGGCCCCGAUGACUUUGCCUUCCCGAACUUCGUACCGGUGUUCUCCGACAACCUGACUAUCAGCGACGAGGCGAGAGCCGCCUGCGGUGGCAACACGGCGUGUCUGUUUGAUGCCGCGGCCACUGGGAACGUCAUGGUAGGAAUGCAGUCAAGGGACACCGACGACAUGCUCAACACACAGCUCUCUAUUUCACUGAACAUUGCCCCGUUGAUAGAGGGUGCAGAACAGAUUGACGCUGUUCUUGGCCAGCUAGUGAUGUACACAGUGACUAUCACCGAUGUUGAUCAGGUUGUACUGGUUGUGGAGGCAGCAAACAACACCGUACUGCCAAACGACUUCAAUCUAACACUUGUUGGACGAGAGGGCAACAUCACCACCUACAACUUGUUCUGGACGCCCAGCGCGGCAGACACCAUGGUUAGCCUGGAGUUUACAGCCACUGACGACAACAACGUCAACAGCACUUUUCAGCCGGCUAUCGUGCUGUGCCCGUGCGAGAACAUGCAGCCGUGCUUCCCGCAGCAAACGGGCCAGGACGGAGGACUGGCUCAGUUCACACUCCUCGAGUGCAACUGCAACGAGUCAUACACUGGUGAUCGAUGUGAGGAGGACCGUGACGGUUGUGUACAGGGCGCGGGCUGCUUCCAGGGAGUCAUCUGUACAGAUGUGCCUGCCCCGGGCAGUGGGGCUAUCUGCAGGGACUGUCCCAGCGGUACCACUGGUGAUGGAGUCAUGUGCAUGGAUAUUGCGGAAUGUAUGACAAUGCCAUGUGAUGGAAACGCCAUGUGUACGGAGACUUUCGGAUCCUUUAACUGCACAUGUCUGAUUGGGUAUACUGGAAAUGGGAUGUCCUGUUCCGAUAUUGACGAGUGCACUACCGACACAGACGACUGUUCACCCAUGGCUAUGUGCGCUAAUGUGGCCGGCUCUUUCUCAUGUAACUGCAACGACGGGUUUGAAGGUUCUGGACAAAUCUGUGAUGAUAUUGAUGAGUGCGUUGUUGGCGGACAUCUCUGUGAUGCUGCUGGAAUCUGUCUAAACACGGUCGGAGGAUCCAUGUGUGACGGAUGCAUUCCCGGAUUUGUUGGCAAUGGAAACGCCGGCAACUGUUCAGACGAGGAGCAAUGCGUGACCGGUACUCACACGUGCAGUGAGCUUGCGAUGUGUUCGGAUUCGUUUGGAUCUUUCGAAUGCCAGUGCUUGGCUGGAUUCAACGGGGAUGGCAUGAACUGCCAAGGAUCUCUAAACUUGAACGGCUUCAACAACACGUUUAGAACGGAGUUCAUGGAGAACCAGCCUGUGCCCACAAUCCUGUCACUUCAACACGCCGCAGCCCUGGUUGGACAGUCGGCCGCUUGUCAAGUUUCUAUCACAUUGGCCGCUUUGUCAGGUGACCUGGAUGAUCCCACACAGGAGAAGAUAUUCCCAACCAAGGCAAUCUCAGCGACCAACAUUGAUAAAAUCUUCUCCGCUCGACAGCUGAUAUAUAAUUCGACGGAUGGUGGUGCAAUAUCCACCGAGGACUUGCUGACCAUUGUGCAGAACUCUGAGUACAUAGACACCGCGAUGGAACCGGCUAUUGCAGUGCGGCAAGUUAUGUGGGAGCUGCGAGAGUGCGGAACGCUUGAUGUCAUUGCCACAGCGACAACUUUCAUCGACAUUGUUCGUAUCAACGACAAUCCACCAGUCAUUCAGUUUGACAUCACAGGCGGCAUUGUCUGAGCGCAAAUCCCCGUAAGGUUGACUUAUAACCAUGACCACUCUCAUCCGCACCCACACCUGCACCCGCACAAUACUAUUCUAUUCACAGUUUGGCAUUUCACUUCCACUGCCUUAGUGCGCGUUUCGCCGAGAAUCCGCUUCAUUUACCAAUUUCCUUUGUCCUAUUUCUGUCCCUUUUACACUGGUAAACUUGUCACGACGAAUAACUACUUUUCAUUGGGUAACUCUUCAUGACAAACGACUACUUUCUUUUUCAUUGGCUCACUUUUCACAACAAAUGACUAAUCUCCAUUGGCAUACCCGUUCACUCGGAAUGACUCCUUGUCAGUGGCAAAAUGUUCACGACAAUAGACGACUCAUUGACUUCUUUUCUUUGGCCAAAUGUUCACGAUGAUAGACUCAUCUUCUUUGGCAAGCGACUCAUGGUUGUACUGUACCUUAGGCAUACAUGUAUAGAUCAGUACAGCCUUAUUUGGGAGUGAGUGAAAUGCACAUUUUUCUCAA